AUGCCCGGCCUGCCUCUGCCUCAACCGUUAAAUCAGAAUAUUGGACGUGAAUAUGCUUAUCCUGGGUCUACAGGCCAGGCCUUCCGUCAGCAGCUAAGAACUGCAUUGUCUCCGGAUGAGAAACUUGCUGCUGAAAGAGAUUUGGCUCUGUAUUGCAAGCCAGUCGAGCUCUACAAUAUUAUUCAACAGCGAGCUGUGAAAAACCCCCUUUUUAUUCAAAGAUGCCUUCUUUACAAUAUACACGCGAGGAGGAAAAAGAGGAUUCAGAUAACCAUAUCACUUUCUAGAAGUACAAAUACUGAGUUGCAAGCACAUUAUAUCUUUCCUCUUUAUGUUCUGUUAGCUAGACCUACUAGUAACCUUUCACUUGAAGGGCAUUCUCCAAUUUAUAGAUUCAGUCGGGCUCGCUUGCUUACUUCUUUUAGUGAACUUGGAAAUAAGGACAACAGUGAAGCCACAUUCAUCAUUCCUGAUGUGAAGAGUUUGUCAACCUCCUGUCCUUGCAAUCUUGACAUUAUCUUUAUUAGCUGUGGGCAAGUCGGACAAAGUAAUGGUGAAGAUAACUGCUCUGGGAACCAUGUGGAAGGUUCUUCUCUCCAGAUGCUUGAAGGGAAAUGCUCCUGGGGUAAAAUACCGACUAAUUUACUUGCUUCGUCUUUGGAGAGUUGUGUCAAUUUAAGUUUGGGACAUAUUGUGGAGUUGGCAUCUAAAGUUACAAUGAGACCAAGCUUCUUAGAGCCAAAAUUUCUGGAGCAAGACAGUUGCUUGACAUUUUGCUCUCAUAAGGUUGAUGCUGCGGGUUCAUAUCAGCUACAACUAUGCAUGUCCGCACAAGAGGCUGGUGCAAGAGACAUGUCUUUGUCUCCGUAUAGUAGUUACUUAUAUAAUGAUGUCCCACCUUCGUCAUUAUCAGAUAUCAUAAGGUUAAGAUCUGGGAAUGUACUUUUUAAUUACAAGUACUACAACAAUACGAUGCAAGAGACUGAAGUCACUGAAGAUUUCUCUUGUCCAUUUUGUUAUGUACGAUGUGGAAGCUUCAAGGGUCUGGGAUGCCAUUUAAACUCAUCGCAUGACCUAUUCCACUAUGAGUUUUGGAUAUCUGAAGAGUACCAGGUUGUUAAUGUUAGUCUGAAGGCCGAUGCUUGGAGAACCGAGCUUAUUGCUGAGGGCGUUGAUCCGAGGCAUCAAACGUUUUCUUACCGCUCAAGGUUUAAGAAGCGUAGACGAUCAAAGACCACAACUGAGAAAAUCAAGCAUGUACAUUCACAUAUUAUGGAAUCAGGGUCACCUGAAGAUGCCCAGGCAGGAUCUGAGGACAACUGUGUGCAAGGGGAGAAUGGGACUUCUGUAGCAAAUGCUUCGAUUGAUCCUGCUCAAUCUUUACAUGGCAGCAAUCUUUCACCACCAACAGUACUACAGUUUGGGAAGACGAGGAAGCUAUCUGAGCGAGCUGACCCUAGAAAUCGGCAACUCCUGCAAAAACGGCAGUUCUUCCAUUCUCACAGAACGCAGCCAAUGCCACUGGAACAAGUGUUCUCGGACCGUGAUAGUGAAGAUGAAGUUGAUGACGAUAUUGCUGACUUUGAGGAUAGAAGAAUGCUUGAUGAUUUUGUUGAUGUUACAAAAGAUGAAAAACUUAUUAUGCAUAUGUGGAAUUCAUUUGUUCAAAAACAAAGUUUUAGCCAUUUCCAUAUGGAGCAGCAGUUACUGAAAGCAAUGGAAUUGCAUGGUAAAAACUAG